UCCUGGUGGAAAGUUAGAUGGUUGCUGCAAAAAGGCUUACUGGUGGAAGUCAGGAAUGGUGCUUCAGUGAGAGUACAGUAUCAUAAUUGGGUACUAAGAAUUAUAAAAAGGAACCUUCAGCUGAAAAGUCUGGACAAUAGUCCUACCAUUUGGGUGAAAGACUUGUUAGAUGAGAGCAGGGGUCAGUGGGAUGAACAAAAAGUCGAAGAAUUGUUUGAGGAGGAAGAUUGUGUUUCUAUCCUUCAAAUUCGAUCUCUAAAUCCUCUUGUGGAAGACAAAUGGAGCUGGAGCAUGGACAAAACAAAGAUGUUUACAAUAGCUUCUUCUUAUGCCUUUCUAAGCCAGAGAAAGUCCUGGUGGAAAGUUCGAUGGUUGCUGCAGAAAGGCUUACUGGUGGAAGUCAGGAAUGGUGCUUCAGUGAGAGUGCAGUAUCAUAAUUGGGUACCAGGAAUUAUAAAAAGGAACCUUCAGCUGAAAAGUCUGGACAAUAGUCCAACCAUUUGGGUGAAAGACUUGUUAGAUGAGAGCAGGAGUCAGUGGGAUGAACAAAAAGUCAAAGAAUUGUUUGAGGAGGAAGAUUGUGUUUCUAUCCUUCAAAUUCAAUCUCUAAAUCAUCUUGUGGAAGAUAAAUGGAGUUGGAGCAUGAACAAAACAAAAAAGUUUACAAUAACUUCGUCGUAUGCCUUUCUAAGCCACUUUAGAAAUCUCGAAACUUGUGGUUGUUUGAAGAAGUUUGGAGACCGGAGUAGUGUAUUG